AUUCGUCGUUUCAUAUCACUUCAUUUACUUGAAGCUCGUAUACAAGAACCACAGGUCCUGGUGCUACUUCAACCACAGACCCAGCCCGCCACAAGAACCGUCGAUGGGCUCCGCGGGGGACACGGCCAGCGGCGGCGCGUGCUGUUCUUCCCGCUCACGUAGUGACACGUACCAGGGCCAUAUCAACCCCAUGUUAGGAUGGAAUCUGUGGUAACAAAGACAUCCGAUGAACAACGAAGUCCAGUCUAAUCUCCCAGCCUUACAUUGUUCAUAUCUUAUCCUCUAGCUCGGCCCCAACCUGCUGGCGACCACUGAAGCCAAGAAACCCAUCCAAGCCAUGGCCACCGCCGCUGCUGGCGGCCGGCGGCGGCGCGUGCUGUUCUUCCCGCUCCCGUACCAGGGCCAUAUCAACCCCAUGUUCCAGCUCGCCGGCCUCCUCCACGCGCGCGGCUUCUCCAUCACCGUCUUCCACGUCCGCUUCAACGCGCCCGACGCGUCCGCCCACCCCGCCUACGACUUCGUCUCCGUCCCCGACGACGGCAUGCCGGCGGACAGCCCGGACACGGUGCAGGCGACCAUGGACCACAUCGUCUCCGUGAACCGCGCGUGCGAGGCGCCGUUCCGAGAGCGCCUCGCCGCCCUGUUGGAGCGGCAGCGAGCCCGGGCGGAGGACGUCGCGUGCCUCGUCGCCGACUCGCACCUGCUGACGCUGCUGGGCGUGGCGCGGGGGCUCGGCGUGCCCACGCUGGCGCUGCGCCUCGGCAGCGCCGCCUGCUUCCGCUGCCUCACGGCGUUCCCCAUGCUCUGCGACAAAGGCUACCUGCCAGUUCAAGAGUCGUCGCAGCUGGACGCACCGGUGGUCGAGCUGCCACCGUACCGCAUCGGCGACUUGCCUGCAAGCAGCGCCGCCGCACACGGCCAGCUGCGAGAGGUGCUUUCCCGGGUGGUGACGGCCGUGACGACCUCAUCGGGCCUCAUCCUCGACACGUUCGACGCGCUCGAGGCCGACGAGCUUGCGGCACUCCGGCGCGACCUGGCCGUCCCGGUGUUCGACGUCGGCCCGCUCCACAAGCUCUCGCCGGCGGCGUCGAGCAGCCUCCUGCGGCAGGACCGCGGCUGCCUGGACUGGCUCGACGGGCAACCCCCGGCGUCCGUGCUCUACGUCAGCUUCGGCAGCCUCGCCAGCGUGUCCGCAUCCGACCUCGUCGAGACGGCCUGGGGCAUCGCCAACAGCGGCCGCCCCUUCCUUUGGGUGCUCCGGCCUGGCCUCGUCCGCGGCGCGCCGCCGUCCUCGAUCUCCCUGCCCGACGGCUUCGACGCCGCGACGCGCGGCCGGGGCGUGGUGGUCAGCUGGGCGCCGCAGGAGGAGGUCCUGGCGCACCCCGCCGUCGGCGGCUUCUGGACGCACUGCGGGUGGAACUCGACGCUGGAGGGCGUGUGCGCCGGCGUGCCGAUGCUGUGCCGGCCAUUCUUCGCCGAUCAGAUGGGGAACGCCAGGUACGUAGACCACGUGUGGCGGACCGGCGUCACGAUCGACGGCGAGCUCCAGAGGGGGAAGGUGGAGGCGGCCAUAUCGACGCUGAUGGGGGCAGGCGAGCCCGGUGCCGGGAUGCGGCGGAGGGCGCUGGAGCUGAAGAACAGCGCGGCGGCGAGCAUCGGCGAGGCCGGGUCGUCCUCCGUCAACGUCGACAUGCUCGUCAGUCUGAUCCAGUCGAUGUAGCUGUAGGAAUUUCGUAGACAACAGGGGCAAAAAACUAAUGGCCAGAGCUCCGGCGCAGAAAAGGGAUUCCGGUUCUUGUUGUCCUAUGUAUGACGAGAUAAGUUAGUGUCAAAUUGAUGGUCUGAUGGAGACACGAAACAUGGAGUAUUGUACUUGUCCUUGUGCUUUUUUCUGAUGAUCCUGUCGUUUCUAUCC